AUGUAUGCAUGUUUAUGUAAUCUUAGAAAUAGUCUUCACAAACCAUCAUCAUCAUCAUCAUCAUCAUCAUCAUCAUCAUCAUCAUCAUCAUCAUCAUCAUCAUCAUCAUCAUCAUCAUCAUCAUCAUCAUCAUCAUCAUCAUCAUCAUCAUCAUCAUCAUCAUCAUCAUCAUCAUCAUCAUCAUCAUCAUCAUCAUCAUCAUCAUCAUCAUCAUCAUCAUCAUCAUCAUCAUCAUCAUCAUCAUCAUCAUCAUCAUCAUCAUCAUCAUCAUCAUCAUCAUCAUCAUCAUCAUCAUCAUCAUCAUCAUCAUCAUCAUCAUCAUCAUCAUCAUCAUCAUCAUCAUCAUCAUCAUCAUCAUCAUCAUCAUCAUCAUCAUCAUCAUCAUCAUCAUCAUCAUCAUCAUCAUCAUCAUCAUCAUCAUCAUCAUCAUCAUCAUCAUCAUCAUCAUCAUCAUCAUCAUCAUCAUCAUCAUCAUCAUCAUCAUCAUCAUCAUCAUCAUCAUCAUCAUCAUCAUCAUCAUCAUCAUCAUCAUCAUCAUCAUCAUCAUCAUCAUCAUCAUCAUCAUCAUCAUCAUCAUCAUCAUCAUCAUCAUCAUCAUCAUCAUCAUCAUCAUCAUCAUCAUCAUCAUCAUCAUCAUCAUCAUCAUCAUCAUCAUCAUCAUCAUCAUCAUCAUCAUCAUCAUCAUCAUCAUCAUCAUCAUCAUCAUCAUCAUCAUCAUCAUCAUCAUCAUCAUCAUCAUCAUCAUCAUCAUCAUCAUCAUCAUCAUCAUCAUCAUCAUCAUCAUCAUCAUCAUCAUCAUCAUCAUCAUCAUCAUCAUCAUCAUCAUCAUCAUCAUCAUCAUCAUCAUCAUCAUCAUCAUCAUCAUCAUCAUCAUCAUCAUCAUCAUCAUCAUCAUCAUCAUCAUCAUCAUCAUCAUCAUCAUCAUCAUCAUCAUCAUCAUCAUCAUCAUCAUCAUCAUCAUCAUCAUCAUCAUCAUCAUCAUCAUCAUCAUCAUCAUCAUCAUCAUCAUCAUCAUCAUCAUCAUCAUCAUCAUCAUCAUCAUCAUCAUCAUCAUCAUCAUCAUCAUCAUCAUCAUCAUCAUCAUCAUCAUCAUCAUCAUCAUCAUCAUCAUCAUCAUCAUCAUCAUCAUCAUCAUCAUCAUCAUCAUCAUCAUCAUCAUCAUCAUCAUCAUCAUCAUCAUCAUCAUCAUCAUCAUCAUCAUCAUCAUCAUCAUCAUCAUCAUCAUCAUCAUCAUCAUCAUCAUCAUCAUCAUCAUCAUCAUCAUCAUCAUCAUCAUCAUCAUCAUCAUCAUCAUCAUCAUCAUCAUCAUCAUCAUCAUCAUCAUCAUCAUCAUCAUCAUCAUCAUCAUCAUCAUCAUCAUCAUCAUCAUCAUCAUCAUCAUCAUCAUCAUCAUCAUCAUCAUCAUCAUCAUCAUCAUCAUCAUCAUCAUCAUCAUCAUCAUCAUCAUCAUCAUCAUCAUCAUCAUCAUCAUCAUCAUCAUCAUCAUCAUCAUCAUCAUCAUCAUCAUCAUCAUCAUCAUCAUCAUCAUCAUCAUCAUCAUCAUCAUCAUCAUCAUCAUCAUCAUCAUCAUCAUCAUCAUCAUCAUCAUCAUCAUCAUCAUCAUCAUCAUCAUCAUCAUCAUCAUCAUCAUCAUCAUCAUCAUCAUCAUCAUCAUCAUCAUCAUCAUCAUCAUCAUCAUCAUCAUCAUCAUCAUCAUCAUCAUCAUCAUCAUCAUCAUCAUCAUCAUCAUCAUCAUCAUCAUCAUCAUCAUCAUCAUCAUCAUCAUCAUCAUCAUCAUCAUCAUCAUCAUCAUCAUCAUCAUCAUCAUUUAUUUGCUAG